AUGCCUUUGCUUGACGACAAAGAGCCCGACAAGGGUCAGGCAAGGUCAGGAAGCCGAUUCAAGAGCUGGGGACGUUUCUUUGAGGAGGUACGUGCCAAGAUUCCGAAGGCCAAACGUAUCACACCGUUGGGUUACAGCUCGAGAUCUUCAGGAGUGGGGCUGCGAAGAACCGCUGCUGAAGAGGUGGCCGGCCUGUCGCCGCAUGCACGGUCACCACGGCGUCGGGCAGAAGGGUGCCCUUACCACGGAGGGGGAAGCUCUGGCGCGAGCCGAAGCUGUCAACCCAGUUUUUUCGCACCUGGAGCUCCGCGCGAGAAGCGUUCUCCGUCUGGCACCUCGCUGGGAUCUGGCAGCCACGCUGAGAUGCUGAUGUGCACGCCGCGUGAGCUGCAUGAGACACCGGGGUUCUACAUGGAGGGCCUGAGUGUCGACUCGACGCCAACAACAGAAUACCGCUUGAGCAGCUUCUCAAACUGCUCUAGCCCGCCUGUGAACGAUGAGUCUUCGUAUGGCUCCUCAUUCAUGAGGGUAUCCAGCCAGGACAACUGCAAGGAGGUGUAUUGCCUCUACGCUUCACCGUUGGGGCAUCCAGCCAUCAAUGUGAGGUCAGAGGUGGAGACCAUCCAGGAGGCCUUUGAAGAAUCUGCCUCGGGAACCCGGCUAAACGUGGGAGUCGCCACGGUGCAGUCGCUCUCGAAGCUAUUGACUUUGGCCAAGUCACAGAAGGGACUCGUCCUGCACUUGUCGGCCCACUCGAUCCGCUCCGACAAGGGUGAUGUGGGCCUGGUCUUGGAAGACUCUUGCGGGAAGGCGCAUGUCCUGUGGAAGAAGCGGCUGGAGGAGAUUCUGGGCAUGAAGGAGAGUGGUCUUCGAAGUGUGUCCCUGCUGUUUCUGAGCACCUGCUGGUCGCAGGAGCUAGCCCAAGUGUUUGUUGAGUGUGGCUGCCCGCACGUGGUGUGCUUACGAAGUCCCGUCUACGACGUGGCUGCACGGAGGUUUUCUCAGCAGUUCUACCUUUCUUUGGGAGUGGGCGAGUCGCUCCUCUCCGCUUGGCAGACAGCACGGAGCUGGCUUUGCACUGACUCCAAGCCUGAGCUUGCUGAGCAGGCAGAUCACUUUGUCCUCUUUGGCCAGCGCGGAGCGGACAAGGUGACUCUGUCGGAGCUGUGUGGCGAAGAGGCCGACAGGGCGGAGGCCAGCAAUCUACGCAAGCUGGAGGCUGCGUCUCGCUUCCUCGUCGCUGAGUCUCUGAUCCCUCCGAGGCCGGAGAAUUUUCUGGGACGACCGCAGUUCAUUCACGAAGUCCUUCACCUUCUAAGUGGCCAUGAAAGCCGCCGUGCCUGUGCUGUUUGGGGUGCUGAGGGCAUUGGAAAGUCGGCUUUUGGCGUGGAGUUCGCCCACUUUGCGACCGCCCCGGGCCGUCCAUUCUCGUGCUCCUCACAGAUUCUCAAAAUUGAGUCAAACGAUGCCAUCAGUGUUGCCCACUUGCUGUUGGACGGCUUGGAGGCCUUGGCCAACCAGCUCGAGGUGUCCCUGCGACCUUGUUCCGGAGAUUCGAGGAGUUCUUUGUGCUCCUGCCAGUCGGCACCACAGUCUGUAAGGUCCGAGGUAGCGAACAGCGCGUCGAUGCAUCUCGGAAGCGACCAGGAGCUGAUGUCCAGUUUGUUGCCCGUGCGGCAGCGUAUCCGCCGUGGGUUCCGGCAGAUCGAGCGUGUGCGCCGAAAGGCCCCAGUGCUGCUGGUUGUGGACGAUGAGGUGGGUGCCUUCACCAGCAGCGAUGUUCGCAAGCUGUUCGGCGAGCUGUUGGAGCAUACGUGCCAUUUGCACCUCCUCGUCCUUUCCCGGACGCCCAUCUACAGUUCGCUUGGACCGAGCAAGGUGGUGAACGUCGCCCUCCCUGGGCUAGAAGAGUAUGAUGCUGCAAAGCUUUUCCUGCAGCGCAUGCACAGGAAGCUGGAAGCGCAAGACUUCCCGGCGGAUCCCAUGGGGAGUGCAGAUGCAGGCGGAGGAGUCCAGAGCCGAGAAAUGGGUGCUACAACUUGUACUACUCGUACUUGGCAUACUUGUUGUGCACGGACUUGA